UCUCGAUGAUAUUCCUCAUUUCUUAAGGAAUUUCCGUUUGAAAAGUUGUGUGAAAUUGAAGAUUAUCUUUGUCACACGUUCCUCCUUAUCUUUCAUCUACCUAUAUAAGUUGUUUUAAAAACAUUAAACAUUGUCCUGUGAAGAUGUCUCAAAACCGACGUACUACAGAUUGUGAAAAUUCUCCCAAACAGUGUUUGCUUCUAAUUCUAAUAAGUUUGUUUCUGUGUGGAUUAAUCGCAUUUGGGCUUACAUAUUUUAUUCAGAAAUGGAUUGAAACAGAAAAUGUUGAAACUUCGGGAAUACCUCUGAAAAUGGACUACAUUUGGCCCCAAAAUGUGAAGAAAAUUGUGGAUUAUGUGAUUGAAAAUGAUAUGCAUGUGACAAAUGAUGACAGGGCAGUUUUAAUUAAAACGGAGCUCAUGCGGUUUAAUACUUCCGAUGUCUUCUAUAUAAUGGUUUAUGAUAAUAAGGGAGAAACGGAAAGUAAUUCCUUUUAUGGAAAUGCUGAACAAUAUAUAACUUCGUAUAAUCCUGGAAAGAGUAAUAUUGUCAUUUACCGUAGUCAUUAUUGGAGAUCAACUACAGAAAAUGCCAAGGAUAAUAUCGAAAAUGAAGUUAAAAUUAUUUGCGCGGAAGGACUCAACAAGCAGCCAGAUUACAAUGAUGUUCCUGUAAAACUCUCUGAAAACCUCGAAAAUUCUCGUUUUGUUGGACUAAUGGGAAAAGAUCUGGACGUAUCGAUUCGCUCGGCCAACAGUUUUGGAAGAGUCUGGGGACCUGGAUGGUGGGAUUCAAUUGAUGAAGUCUAUCCGGACUCGAAGAAACAAACUGGCAAACAGUUUAUUUUGAUUUCUGGCUUUAAAUAAUCGCGUUUUUGAAAUAAUGAAUUUAUUUAGAAUUUUGCGUUUUUUCAUGGUAAAGUGACUUAAUCUGUAAUC